AACUUACAGCUCACCUCUCCCGCACCCCCCUCGCGACACCCCCUCGCGGGCCCUCCUCUGGGUGGAGGCAGUCAGACCUGCGUUCUUCAACUCUUAAAACCACUCGGUGUUCUUGGCACUUUAAGGGUGGCGGUUCCCCCCCUCCCGCAAGACGGUAGUUAAGCUCAUUCCUGGCUUCUUGACUGCAGAUUUGGAGAAUGUAUUUGUAGAACGUUGCGGGGUCCGGUUGGGGAGAAUCCAGGGCAUCAUUUACUAGCAGGGCUCGAGAGCCCAGGGGUGCCGGCAGGAGUUCGUACGAGCGAUCAGCCUUAAUUUUUUAGUAGCGUAUCCGUGGCAGGAAGUUUGCUUGAAGAACCAAUAUUGCCGUUAGGUUUUGUAACUCGUUCCCCUGACUACUUGACAGAUAACCUGUUGGUUUGCACUUGGUUUGCGUGCACGGCUCAGCCCAGUGCGUUGGGUGUAGGAUCUGCAGGUUUUAAAAUGGAAAAUUUUGAUGCAUCACUUAGUACUUAUUUCAAGGCAUUGCUUGGCCCCCGAGACACCAGGGUAAAAGGAUGGUUCCUCCUGGACAAUUAUAUACCAACUUUUAUCUGCUCUGUCAUAUACUUACUAAUUGUAUGGCUGGGACCCAAAUACAUGAAGAAUAGACAGGCAUUCUCUUGCCGGGGAAUUUUAGUGGUGUAUAACCUUGGACUUACAUUGCUGUCGCUCUAUAUGUUCUGUGAGUUAGUGACAGGAGUAUGGGAAGGCAAAUACAACUUCUUUUGUCAGGAUACACGCAGCGCUGGAGAAGCUGACAUGAAGAUUAUCCAUGUCCUCUGGUGGUACUACUUCUCCAAACUCAUAGAAUUCAUGGACACUUUCUUCUUCAUCUUGCGCAAGAACAACCACCAGAUCACGGUAUUGCACGUCUACCACCACGCCAGCAUGCUGAACAUCUGGUGGUUUGUGAUGAACUGGGUCCCUUGCGGCCACUCUUAUUUUGGUGCCACACUGAACAGCUUCAUCCACGUCCUCAUGUACUCAUACUACGCCCUCUCAUCUGUCCCUUCCAUGCGUCCCUACCUCUGGUGGAAGAAGUACAUCACUCAGGGGCAGCUGCUUCAGUUUGUGCUGACAAUCAUCCAGACCACCUGCGGGGUCAUCUGGCGGUGUCCAUUCCCUCUCGGUUGGUUAUAUUUCCAGAUUGGAUACAUGAUUUCUCUGAUUACUCUCUUCACAAACUUCUACAUUCAGACUUACAACAAGAAAGGGGCCUCCCGGAGGAAAGAGCACCUGAAGGAACACCAGAACGGGUCCGUGGCUGCUGUGAAUGGACACACCAACAGCUUUUCCACCCUGGAAAACAAUGUUAAGCUGAGGAAGCAACGGAAGGAUUGAAGUUAGAGUUGAAAGCCUCCAAACCACGUCGUCUGAUUGUAAGCACAAUGAGUUGUGCCCGAUGCUCGUUAACAGCUGCUGUAACUAGGCUGGCCUACAAUAGUGUGAUUCAUGUAGGACCUCCUUCAUCAGUUCAAAACCCCUAGAAAAUGUAUGCAGAUUAUACAAGUAGGCAUAAGAUUUUUAAUAUUUCUGGGCUCUCACCGACCCCUGCGCUAGACUGUGGAGGGAGUAUUAUUGUAGUAUAUGACACUGCUGUUGCCUUAUUAGUUAUAACAUAAUAGGUGCUGAAUUGUGAUUCACAAUUUAAAAACACUGUAAUCCAAACUUUUUUUUUAACUGUAGAUCAUGCAUGUGAUUGUAAAUUUGUACAAUGUUGUUACAGUAGAGAAACACACAUGCCUUAAAAUUUAAAAAGCAGGGCCCAAAGCUUAUUAGUUUAAAUUAGGGUAUGUUCCAAGUUUUUAUUCAUUUUUAAUAGCUCUAUAUAGAAAAUCAAAGACUGUCAUUUAUGAAACUAGCGUGUGACACAGUUUCAAGUGACUUGUAGAUGUGAAAUCAGAAUGGCACCUUUGUUUUGUAAUAUUGGCUUUAAAUCAGGCAGCCUCAAAUCUAGUGGAACAGUCAAUUAACUUUUUAACAGAUCGUAUUUUUUUUAUUUUGAGUGCCACUAUUAAUAAUGUAAAAAAAAAGAAAAAGUGGGGGGCUCCAAAACAGUCUUGAUGAAAUUUAAAAUAUAUAUUUUUUGUCUUCAAGAUUUAGGAUGUGGGUAGGCCAUUUUUCAUUUCUGAAGUGCUAAGUGUUUUUAUACAGGAAACAAAGUCCAUUUUGUUUUCCACUCAUGAGAGAGGAUAUAUAUACACUUUUCAAGAGAUAAUUGAAUAUUUACCAUUUGACAGAGUCCCACAGAUGAGCAAUGGGGAAUGGGUCCAAAUUUGGAUUGAUUUCUGUACUGCUAUCUGUUUUGACAUAAACUUUCUUAUGGAAUGUGCCUAGCUUACCAAAAUUAAUAAAGGCAGGAAGAAGAGUGGGGGUGGACCUUAAAACAUUUUAAGGUAAAAUUAACCAGAGCCACAGCAUAAGAGAACUGGGAGAAUGGAUAGAGAUCAUUUGUUUAAUGUAAAUCUAAUAGCAUCUAUAAUUUUUUUUCUACUUAGAAUCUAAAGAUUUGUUUAGAACUGCUUGUUUAAAAAUAGACUGGCUUAUAAACUCUUGCCCUACACCCCUGAGGCAGUGGUUAAACAGAUGACUUUUGGGUAUGUCAUUUUCAAAGUGUUGGAAUUUAGCCUCUGCAGAACUUCUCCAUUGGGGACAUUCAUGGAACCACUCAUGACACAUUUAAAAGCUCAUUGACAAUGUAUAAACUAAUUGUUGGUUUGAUAUUUAUGUAAAUAUCAGUUUAUCGUGCUUUAAUUUUGCACAUUCUUAUAGGGAGCUGACAGCUCUUAUUCGUCUUGUGGGUUUUCGGUUUGGAAGGAGUCACAGCAUCUGUUUACAUUUACCUUAUCAAAUCUAGAAUGUGUAUAUUUGUAAAAUGUAUGUCUUCCUAGGUACUAGUUUGCGAAUGUCUUUACAUAUUUCAAUACAAAAACUAAUACCAUUCAAUAGUGUGCUGUCAAAGUGUGCUUUAGCUCAUCUGGAUAUUCCCACACUGUUAAUAAUGUCUAAACAUUAAUCAUUAAAACAUUUUUGAUUA